CUUCUACACCUAUGCGCCUACGCAGAUUUAAAAAAACAAACAAAUAAAUAAAUGGCCGAACCGGCGGUUCACGGUUUGCGGUCGAGAUGUAACCGCCGGUUCGAACCGAUGGUUCGGGACCGAAUGGGCAAAGUUAACAAAUUGCAAAUCGACUUUAGCGAGCACGCACGCCUUCUCCUUUUCCCUCCGAACGAGUGCUGCUGCGCUGCGCUUGCUGUGAUAGAGAGAAGUUGUGCCAUGGCCAGCGGCAGUCCGUCGGUUUGCGUACACAAUGAGGAGGCGCAACUGGCUGUUUCCACCGCCGGAGCCAAAGAUACCUUGGAAGUUCUUCGGGAAUCCGUCUCUACGCUGCCGCGUCGUCCUGUCGAAGACUUGCUUUCACACGGCGUAUGUGCAAGAUGCGUGCUCAGACUAUUUUCACAACAUGAGCAAAUCUGUUCUGUUUCAUCCAUGGAAGCAUCAGUUCUGAGCUCCAUUCUUUAUGACUUAGUAAACUCCGAAGGAGAUGAAGUUAAUAAUAUUUUUAGUGAUUCGAAAGACCUUGCGGACUUGGGGUCCGAACAAAAUUCCAAAGAGGAGAUUAAAGUAUGUAGUUUGUGUCUAGGCAUUCUGCAGUUUAUGUAUAACGAUGAAAAAGGAAACUUGGUGUGCAAGGAUUGCCCCAAUAAUUUUACUGCUGCAAUUGAGCUUAUUGUGAAGCAAGAGGGCCAUCAAUUUGACAGCUUUUCUCUUGAAGUAUCGCUACCUCAAAGUGUCGUUGAAUAUGAAGAAGAAAUCUGGUUGUAUAUAAAACAGAAGUAUAGUUCUGAAUCUUAUUUCGUGGAAAAGCAUCCAUCCGAAAGCAUAUAUGUCAAAGAAUUCUUGAAAAUGUUGGUGACGCCUCUUUUGGAAACCUUGCUGGGUGUAAGGUCCGAUGUGGGUUCUUCUUUCCGAGUUCGCUUGACAUAUAGCAAUUCUGAUUCAUCAGCAAAGAAUCAUCAUGUAAAGGCGAAUAAUGGGUUCAAUAAGAGGAGAAAAACAGUGGUUAAUGGAACAGAUGGAAAUGAUGAGUCAAAGAAAAAUGGUGGCUGUUGUACAGGCGAAAAUCAUGAUCCCACCAAAAAUUCUUCGGUUAUUCAGAAAUGUGAUAUUGGUUUCCCCAAGUUAACUCGAGAUAAGGUCAAUCAGUGCUGCUCUUUGACUUUUCAGUGCUAUAGAACUUCUAUAUACAUUGGCGGGAGGUAUCUCAAGUACAGUAGAAAUGUAAGUCAAACUCGCUGGAUAAUUGAUGAUGAGCGAAAGGGUGAGGCAUCUGUUGAGGAAAUAGUUGGGGGCACUAUCUUUCCCCUGUGCCAAGGCGACAACUACAAGUUUCAUGCUGCCGGAAGAGAAGAUAUUGAUGUCCGGAUGCUGGGCACAGGGCGACCCUUUCUGGUUGAGAUACAAAAUGCUCGGAUACUCCCAUCUGAAAGUUUAAUAAAGAAUAUGGAAAACACAAUAAAUAGUCUCGAAAGCAAACUAGUUAAGGUUAAAAAACUUAAGGUUUUAGACAAUCAAGGUUGGGACCUCAUGCGUGAAGGAGAAGCUGAGAAGCAGAAACAGUAUGCUGCGCUUGUGUGGAUAUCCCGUCCGCUUGAGGAUGGCGAUGUGCAGAAAUUAUCUUCACUCAAGGACGUGCAAAUUUUGCAGAAAACACCAAUAAGAGUUCUUCACCGCCGGAGCCCGUUGGAGCGUGAAAAAGCUAUACAUUGGAUGAGAAUCGAGAGAUUAGCUGGAAGCUCUCAAUAUUUCCUUUUGCAUUUGUGCACACAGGCUGGAACAUACAUCAAGGAAUUCGUUCACGGAGAUCUUGGCCGCACACAUCCUAAUUCCAUCGUAACUUUCCAGUGUUGGUUCAAUCCUCCACUGCAGAGCCGAAAUACUGCAACUCGACGUCACAGAUGUGAAGAUGGAUUGGUUCCAUGAUUAGAUAAAGGUGCAGGCGAUCAUUUAGGUAUAUAUUUUUCCUUUCCUAGGCAUUCGAUAUUCAAGACUAUCCCAACAAUCCUGGUUUAAGUUAUAUAAACAAACCGGUCUUCCUAAAUUAUGAGGAGAUAAUGUGUCCUCUUCUACCGGUGUUGUUCGAUAAAUCUACAUUUGUUUUCUCUUCUUGGCAUUAGAAUAUUUCUUACUUUAUAAGUCCAAUGAGCCAAUAUACGUAGUUUUCUCUUUGAAUUAUUUUGGAAAUAGUAGUCUAUUUUAAGAUUCUUCGUCAACAGAUAUGUGCUGUUCAAACUUUGAGUGUGUUGAAAAUGAUAUUUUCUUUUAUGGUAUCUUUCUUUUUUGUUUGGUAAAAUUGUGUAAACAUAGUGAACAAAGCCAAGUCAUCUUUUGAACCAAAACUAGUUUUAAAUCAUCCAA